AUAAAGCCCUCUGCCCAGCCUACAGCAACGGAUAAAGUGACGCCUGUCAAUAAUUUUUUGCACAGUCUCUUCAGUCUAGUGGAUGUAUUUUUUAAUCCAAAACUGGUAUCACCACAGAGUAACACAUACCCAUACAGAGCAUAUAUUGAGAAUACUUUAAACUAUGAGUCUACAGCGAAAAAUACACACCUCACGGCAGGCCUGUACUAUCAGCAAUCACCAUGUGCUCUUAACAACAUUAGCAAAUCUAUUGCUAGCGGAAACGCUGGUCUUUCAGCAAGUUCCAUGAAAGAUGGCAGAAUACUCGAUUUCAGUGGGCCGUUACGUUGUGACGUUUUCAACCAGGAGAAAUAUUUAUUAAACGGUGUUGACAUGCAUCUACGGCUUGAUAGCUCUAAAGAUAAUUUCUGCUUAAUGCAAUCUGGAACAGGAUAUUAUAAGGUCCAUAUCACAGAAGCCACGCUAUUCGUGCGAAAAGUAUAA